UGCGAGUUUCCGGGGAUUGGAGGAGGGAUUAAAGGCGGGGACUGUUGUCGUCACAUUUCCCGCCUGCGCGCUUUCAAUUCUCUAUAACUGCUAGGGGCGGGGGAAGUGGUUAUAUAAGGAUCGGCUCUCUGCUUCUUUGUUACUUGCUGUUGGUUCGCUUCUGGGAGGACAAUGUCUGGACGCGGCAAAGGCGGGAAGGGUCUGGGUAAGGGAGGCGCCAAGCGCCACCGCAAAGUUCUGCGGGACAACAUCCAGGGCAUCACCAAGCCCGCCAUCCGGCGGCUGGCCCGGCGCGGCGGCGUCAAGCGCAUCUCUGGCCUCAUCUAUGAGGAGACCCGUGGUGUACUCAAGGUCUUCCUGGAGAACGUGAUCCGGGACGCCGUCACCUACACCGAGCACGCCAAGCGCAAGACGGUCACCGCCAUGGACGUCGUCUACGCGCUCAAGCGUCAGGGACGCACUCUCUAUGGCUUCGGCGGCUAAACUUUACGACUUUGCUACCAGGACUUUGCAUUACUCAACCAAAGGCCCUUUUCAGGGCCACCCAUCUACU